AUGCUAUCUUUAGCUUUGUUUUGUAUAACGUUCGUGCUAAGUUGGACAUGGUGGCUUCGAAAUACAAAGUCUAAACUGGAACCGCCCGCUUAUCCAGGUGCAUUGCCGCUCAUUGGACAUUUACAUCUUCUGAUAGGAAAUAGUGUUUAUCUUUGGAAUUUAGUGAAACAAAUAUCAUAUACGAGCUUAAGAAUGGGUGGUGUGAUAACAUUGUCAGUUGGACCUCGGACCAUAUACGUGGUAACAGAUCCCGAAGACAGCUUGACUUUUGCUAACGCUUGCUUACAGAAGGAAACUAUAUAUGAAUUUGCUAAACCCUGGUUCGGGGAGGGUUUGAUAACCGGAACAGUGUCAAUAUGGAAGCGUCAUCGAAAACUGCUAAGCCCAGCUUUUAGUCAAUUGGUGUUAGAUGGAUUUCAGGGGGUUUUUAACAGUCAGUCCAGGCGACUUGUUAAGGAUUUAGAAGUGGAGGUAGGCAAGGGCCCCUUCGACCAAUGGGUUUACACACGACGUAAUGCCUUGGAAACUAUAUGUAUGACUGCCAUGGGAGUUGAUUUCAGCAAAAGCAGCCUUCCUUAUAGCCAAUUCGAGCAAGCGAUAGAGCAAUGCUUCAGCAUUCUCGUAGAGAGGUUUCAAAAGUUUUGGCUACACAAUGACUUUAUCUACAGCUGGUCUACUUUAAAGAAGAAGGAGGAUCAGUGUUUAAGAAUAUUACACAAUAUGUCUAAUACGGUAAUGCAAUUACGUAAGGCAGCGUACUUGAAUAAUAAGAAGAACGGAUUAGAAGCGUCAAGUGGUACCAAAUUUAAGGCAUUCGUAGAUCUUCUUUUGGAAUUAUCGAUCGAAACGGGAGCUUUAAAUGACUUGGAAAUAAGAGAGGAAGUAGACACAAUAAUUGUCGCCGGACAUGAUACUACAGCGACCACACUUAUGUUUACUCUAGUAUUAAUAGGGUCCUAUCCAAAAGUACAAGAGCGAAUAUUUGAAGAGUUACAUUAUGUCUUCGGAGAUGACGACAGGGACGUUACUAAACAAGAUUUAUCUCGAUUAGAGUAUUUAGAAGCUGUUUUGAAGGAAUCCAUGCGCAUAUAUCCUAUAGUUCCAGUCACAGCUAGAUUACUUGAUAAAAAUGUAAAGCUAAAGAAUUACACACUAACCGCUGGGCACGGCUGUUUUAUAUUCAUGUAUGGUAUCCAUCGUCAUGCAAUGUGGGGAGAUGAUGCUGAAGAGUUCAAACCAGAACGAUGGCUAGAUACCGCGACUUUACCUUUAUGCCCUUCUGCUUUUGCACCUUUUAGCAUAGGAAGGAGGAUUUGUAUUGGAAAAGCAUUUGCUUUUAUGUCGAUGAAGACUACACUAGCCCACGUACUACGGCAUUAUCGCGUGAAAGGAGAUCAUACCAAAAUGGAAUUAAAGAUUGAUGUGAUGCUGAAACCCGCUUAUGGUCACCACAUUUCUAUAGAGAGAAGAACGAAAUGA